GGCCAGCCACAUCUGGAAUUCAUUGCCGCCGCCGCCGGAAAGGGGAGGAGAAGAGGGCGGGGCGAGUUGGGGGGCCGAGGCGGUGCCUUUCCCCGCCCCCCCCUCCGUCCCCGGUCCCCAGCCCCGGGACGCAGCCGAGCCCGGCGGGCAGCCCCAGCCCCAGCCGCGGCCGUCCCGGGGACGCAGACGCCCAAGCCCCUCCGACCAGGGCAGCGACCCGGGCCAGCCUAGCCAGCUCUGACAGCCCCAUGGCCCCGGCCGGCCACUGAGCCCCACCAUGGGCAGCCUGUACUCGGAGUACCUCAGCCCCAGCAAGGUCCUGGAACACUAUAAUUACACCAAGGAGACACUGGACACGCAGGAGGCCUCCCGCCAGGUGGCCUCGACGCUGAUCAUCAUUCUCUGCUGCGCCAUUGUGUUGGAGAAUCUUCUGGUGCUCAUCGCGGUCAUACGCAAUAGCAAGUUCCACUCGGCCAUGUACCUGUUCCUGGGCAACCUGGCCGCCUCAGACCUCCUGGCGGGCGUGGCCUUUGUCGCCAACACCUUGCUCUCGGGCCCUGUCACGCUGCGGCUGACACCCGUGCAGUGGUUCGCCCGCGAGGGCUCUGCAUUCAUCACGCUCUCCGCCUCCGUCUUCAGCCUCCUGGCCAUCGCCAUCGAGAGGCACGUGGCCAUUGCCAAGGUCAAGCUUUACGGCAGUGACAAGAGCUGCCGUAUGCUGCUGCUCAUCGGCGCCUCGUGGCUCAUCUCGCUGGUGCUCGGUGGCCUGCCCAUCCUUGGCUGGAACUGCCUGGGCCACCUGGAGGCCUGCUCCACCGUUCUGCCGCUCUACGCCAAGCAGUACGUGCUCUGCGUGGUCACCAUCUUCUCCGUCAUCCUGCUGGCCAUCGUGGCCCUGUAUGUCCGCAUCUACUGCGUGGUCCGCUCCAGCCAUGCCGAUGUGGCGGGCCCGCAGACGCUGGCCCUGCUCACGACCGUCACCAUCGUGCUGGGCGUCUUCAUCCUCUGCUGGCUGCCCGCCUUUAGCAUCCUCCUCCUGGACUAUGCCUGUCCCGUCCGGGCCUGCCCUGUCCUCUACAAGGCCCACUACUUCUUCGCCUUCGCCACCCUCAACUCGCUGCUCAACCCUGUCAUCUACACGUGGCGCAGCCGGGACCUGCGCCGGGAGGUACUGAGGCCUCUGCUGUGCUGGCGGCAGGCGGCGGGGAUACAGGGACGGCGGAGCGGGACCCCGGGCCACCGCCUCCUGCCCCUCCGCAGCUCCAGCUCCCUGGAGAGGGGCACGCACAUGCCCACGUCGCCCACGUUCCUGGAGGGCAACACGAUGGUGUGAGGGACACGUGGGCCGACAGCCAGGCCACGGCAGAGUGCCCUGCGGAGAGGCGCCGAAUGACCUUGGACAGAGAUGUGGGGCUGCCAAGCAAGAUGUCCCCACACCAGAGACCUGGGUGAUACUGAAAAUGUUUCACGCCCGGGACAGCCGGCUGAGGCACCGACCAGUCACGUGGC